GGCGCCGCCGCCGCCGCCCCCGGCCCGGCCGCUCCCCGGCGGCCCCGCGCGCGCAGCCCCGGGACACCGAGGCCUGUGUGACCAUUCUCUCAAAUACCUCAGCUCCCGGAUCACGGAGCGGAAGCUGCAGGGCUCCUGGCUGCCCGCGGGCCGAGGGAACCUGGAGAAACCCUUCCCGGGGCCUCGCGGCGCCGUCAUGCCCGUGUUCAGCCCCCAGCACGGCCUUCACCCCGUCCACCCCGACAGCAGCCCGCUCAAGCCCCGGGUGGUGACGGUGGUGAAGCUGGGCCCGCACCCGCUCCGGAAGAUCACGCUGCUGCUCAACAGACGCUCCGUGCAGACCUUCGAGCAGCUCCUCGCCGACAUCUCCGAGGCCCUGGGCUUCCCCCGCUGGAAGAAUGACCGCGUGAGGAAGCUCUUCACCCUCAAGGGGCGGGAGAUCAGGAGCGUGUCUGACUUCUUCCGAGAGGGGGACGCCUUCAUCGCCAUGGGCAAGGACCCGCUGACGCUGAAGAGCAUGCAGCUGGCCGCCGAGGCGCUGUACCCCAGCAAGGGCCGCUCGCUGACGCUCACCCAGCACAGCCGCGCGCCGUCGCCCAGGCUGAGAAGCCGCCUCUACAGCCGGGCCCUGAGAUGGGGCCACCACUGCGGGGAGGCCGAGACCCUCAAGGGCAGCGGCGGCGAGGCAUCGGGGCCCCCAGCCGCCGUCAGACAGGAGGGCAAGGGCCCUCUGGGGCCGACCUCGGACGACAGGGCGCGGGGCCAGAGGAAGUGGGUGAGGGGCAAGUGGGAGCCCGAGCUGCCCCGGGACGCCACGCUGGAGGAGAGGCACGCCAGCGGGGAGAGGCACCUGGGCCUGGAGAUCGAGAAGACGUCGGGGGAGAUCAUCCGCUGCGAGAAGUGCAAGAGGGAGCGGGAGCUGCAGCAGCAGCAGCAGCAGGGCCCGCAGAGGGAGCGGCUGUCCCUGGGCACCAGCGAGCUGGACCUGGGCACCCGCCACAGCUACGAGGUGGAGAAGCUGGUGAGGACCCGGAGCUGCAGGCGGUCGCCCGAGGCGGCCACGGAAGACGGGCCCCGGGCCAGGAACCCCGCGCCGGAGCUGCGGAGGCCAGGCCGGAGCUCGGCGAAGAAAGAGGACAGAGAGCUGGAGGCUGCCGAGGGGGCCGUCCCGGUCGCAGCCGCCGCCACCACCAAGGCGAAGAAGGAUCCCGGGGAAGCCCGGCCCGUGCGAGAGGAGGGCCUGAGGGAGGGCAGGAAGGAGCCCCGGGGCGGCGCUGGCCGCGGCCGCCCUGGCCCCUGGCUGCUGAGGGAGCAGCAGGCCGAGGCCGAGAAGCCGCCCAGGCCCCGAGAGGAAGAGCCGGAGGCCGAGAAGGAGAAGCGGCCCGUGGCCUCGGGAGGGAGGAAAGCCCCGGCGGCCCUGGAGGAGGAGCCGCCCGCCAAGGCCGAGAAGGAGCCCCGGCCCCGGCCCGAGGAGAGCAAGGCUGAGCGGCCCGGCGGGCGCAAGCCGAGGCCCGGCGGCAUCAUCGCGGCCGAUGUGGAGAAGCACUACGACACGGGCAAGGUCAUCGGCGACGGGAACUUCGCCGUGGUGAAGGAGUGCCGGCACCGGGAGACCCAGCAGGCCUACGCCAUGAAGAUCAUCGACAAGGCCAAGCUCCGGGGCAAGGAGGACAUCGUGGACAGCGAGAUCUCCAUCAUCCAGAGCCUCUCACACCCCAACAUCGUGAAGCUGCACCAGGUGUACGAGACGGAGAAGGAAAUCUACCUGAUCAUGGAGUACGUGCAGGGCGGGGACCUCUUCGACGCCAUCAUGGAGAGCGUCAAGUUCCCCGAGCGCGAGGCUGCCCUCAUGCUCCUGGACUUGUGUCAGGCGCUCGUCCACAUGCACGACAAAGGCAUCGUCCACCGCGAUCUCAAGCCCGAGAACCUGCUGGUUCAGCGAAAUGAGGAUAAAUCUACCACCUUGAAGCUGGCCGAUUUUGGCCUUGCCAAACACGUGGUGAGACCUAUAUUUACGGUGUGCGGGACCCCGACCUACGUGGCUCCUGAAAUUCUUUCUGAGAAAGGUUACGGGCUGGAGGUGGACCUGUGGGCGGCAGGCGUGAUCCUGUACAUCCUCCUCUGCGGCUUCCCUCCCUUCCGCAGCCCCGAGAGGGACCAGGACGAGCUCUUCAACAUCAUCCAGCAGGGCCACUUCGAGUUCCUGGCCCCUUACUGGGACAAUAUCUCUGAUGCUGCCAAAGAUCUGGUGAGCCGGUUGCUGGUGGUAGACCCCAAAAAGCGCUACACAGCCCACCAAGUUCUUCAGCACCCCUGGAUCGAAAGUGCUAGAAAAUCCAGCAUGGUCCGCCUACCCAAGGAGGUGCCCCCCAGUGGCGAGGGGCACACCCAGGUCCAGCACAAGCGGGUUGUGGAGCAGGCGACCAUAUAAGCUUCGCUUCAGCAUCUGCUCUGGCUCCGGUUCCACUCCAGAAGAGGGCCAAGGAGGGAAAGCUCGGAAAGUGACUGAAAAUGCUGAUGAAUGAAAACAAAAAAACAAAAAAACGCUGAUCUUUUAUCGUUGGAGAAUCAAGAGGAGAGACAGUAUAUUUUAAGGCAUAUUUUACAAAAUAAACUUGAGUCUUAUUGUAAAAUGUCGUGACAUAUUUUCAGGGUUGUAUGUUUGAGCCUUUCGUAUAUUUCUGGAUGGGAAGGACUUGUCUCCAGGGAGGAGAUAUUGAUAAUCGGGAUGAGUGAGUACCAAUAUCUCCUUAAUCUUUCUCCUUGUGAUCAAACUCCUGGAAUAUAACAUGGACGGUGCUCGGCUAAACUUGGCUGAAAUGGGAUCUAAACUCCCUGCAGUGAGAUGAAAAGAGUGGCCAGGUCUUUUUGGUGUUAAUAAACCUUGGCUGCACAUGACAGAAGGGUUUGUACUCUGCUUACUUCAUCAGGUGGGUGAGGAGAACCAGGAAAUUAUUGUUCAGACACAUCUUCUAAAACCAGUAUCAUCACGGCAGGGAAGUAGAAUGGAUGCUUAAUGGGCAAGGUCUCUCUUUCUUGGGGAGACACAAGAUCUCUUAGUCCUCUGACAUUUUAGUCUUAUUCCAGCAGAUUUGAUAUAAUCAGAAAAAGCUGGAGAGAUAGCUUCGAGGGCUGGAGCACAUGCCUUGGUUCCAUCUCCUAUACCCCGUACCACCCCCCACCCAGCACCACCUUGUGUAGUAGCCCUGGUGUCCCCAAAACGCUGCUGGACCUGAGCAACACUGCAUCCCUGGGACUAAACUUUGAUCUCUCUGGCCUCCUGGCCAGAGUGGGCAUUGCUUGGAACCCACACCCCCCAAUAAUUAAAACCCCCAAAGCAAAAGCUCAGAAGUCAUUGCCUUGUGCCUUCCUCUGUGAUGCCCACAGAUACUGCUUUUUAGCUGAUUACCUCUGAGCCUGAGUCUCUUCUCCGUGUAGUUGGGCAGUCAAGCGGUGACCAGAGAGCCAUUUAGUUCACUCAUAUGUCAGACACGCAGGAAGUAGAUCACACUCGGGCUGGAAGGAGCUCCGUUCUUGCACGAAGACAGCUGAGGAGGCAGAGUGCGUGUGCUCGGACCAUUUGCUACCCCAGGCCGCGCUGUGGAUGACUGGCAGUGUUGUGUGAGCUGAAAGCAGAACAGUCCUGCCUCCCAGACCAGCCUUUCUAGGUUAUAGGUGAGCUGAGGAGGGGCCAGCAUCACUCAAAACUUCCCACCUGCCCUACCUGUUCUGCAGCCCUCUGGGUUGGAGGAGCACAUCAUUUGGGCAAACAGGAAGAGAGCUUUGGAGUUCUGUGGAAGGAAAUGUCUCAGCGGGUGUCAGACAAUGAGAAAAACCUUACAGGCAGCUCUGAAGUAAUUUAGCACUGAGAGCUACAGGAAGUGGCUUCCCAUCUGAGUUAGGGCAGAGGGUGGAGGCUGGGCUGAUUAGAACCAAGCAGCCUGGGGGAGACCCUCUUUGCAGUGGACAUUGGGGGUUGCUGUCCAGAUCCUUUCCAACACUAUACAGGAUGCACAUUUGGGGUACGAAGUCCUCGGUUAUGGGAGUCAUCCUGAGCUGGUAAAAGUUGACUCACCCAUGAUCACCUCGGACAGGCUGCAGGACACAGACAGGGGAGGGUAUAACCACCAGGACCCGUGCUGGUGGGCCUGCUCUGCUCCAGAGUUCCGUGUGGGAGCAGCCUGAGCCCUGGAUCAGAGCCCAGGUUCUCCCCUAGCAGGUGAUCAUCCUGACGCUCCCCUGUAGCAACCCUGGUGUGUGCUGAUGUUGGUCUCAGAGUUGGCUUCCCAGGGAAUGAGCCCGUGGCACCCCCUCUCCCCUCGCCUCGAAAUGCAAAAUUGCUGCCAAGAGGUACCGACUGGUAUUUUCAUCUCAGAAGCUCUGAGGAGGUUUAGAUACCCCAGCAGGGUGGAUGGAACUUAUUCCGAAUGCAUGCAGCUUAUUCUGAAUGCAUGCAAAGAGGCUGGAAGCUGGAGCCCACUGCUGCUGGACCAUCUGUGGAGAAAGUCAUCAUAGCCACUGAACCUUUACAGAAUCUCUGACGCUUCUCCUAACACCACAUGAAUAUCAACUGUUCUCCCUUUGAAUCAUUUAUCGGGUUGACUUGCGCGAUGCCACAUUUUUCUGGUUUCUUUCUGCAUCCCAGUCUACACCUUGAAUUUCCUGUAGAGCUUCAGUUUUCUCAUUGCUGAUACUUGGAGCUUCACUGUCACUAAGAAAAUACAAAUUAGAACCACAAUUAAAGCGUAUCAUGUCACUUUUUAGAGUGGCCAAAAUUAAAUGGCUACAAACCACCUCCCCCAACCCUGUCCAAAACCCAAAACCAAAAAACUGACCAUGCCACAUAUUGACAAGGAUUCAGAGCAAUGGGGAUUCUUGUAUGUUAUUGAGGAGGGUGGAAAGGUGUUCUCCCACUUUGGAGAACAAUUUGGCAGCUUAUUUAAAAGUUUAUAUAUACAUUGGGUCCAUGGAUAUAACUCAGUGGUAAAGCACUUGCCUUGAAUGUAUGAGACCCUGGGGUUCAAUCUCUGAUACUGGCCCAAAAGGGGGAGGAGUUCAAAUUAUACUUACCAUUGAAUAUGCUCCACCCUCUCUGUUCCUAAGUAUUUGCAAGAAAAAAAUUAAAGCAUAUGUCUACCCAAAUCUACAAACUGAUGUAAGUGUUUUAUUGUAGGAGCCUCAGAACAAAAACAAUAGAAAUGCCCAUAAAUUGAGAAAUAUUAAAAACAAUGACAAUGUUUCCAUAUAAUAAACACCACCCAGCAAUAAGUAGGAAUGACACAUGCAACGGAACGGAUGAGACUAAAAACAAUUAGAGUUGAAGAAGCCAGUUGAGUUCCCAUUUUGUGUGACUCCAUUAACGUACCCUUCCAGAAAGCAAAAGCUAAUCAAGAGUGGGAGAGAAGUAAUUGUGUAGAGGAGGGAUAAGAAGAUGAAAAUGGAACAGUGGGUAUCUUUGGAGGUGAUGGAGAUGUGCAUUUUCUUCACUGUAUUAAAGGAUCUUUGGGUGGAUCUGUCAAAUCUUACCGGUUGUGCACUUUCAAAACAUGCAGUUUGUUGUAUGCCCAUUGUACCUCAAUAAAGCGGUGGACAGUGCUGCUGCAUUUCUUCACCUGCCAG